AUGGAGAAUGGUGGAGUGGCUUUUGCGCCAAUAGUGGGGGUGGUGGUGUUUGUUUUGAAGGGGAACAAGGUGUUGUUGGGGCGGCGCCGCUCCGCCGUUGGCUGCAACACCUUUGCGCUGCCUGGUGGCCACCUUGAAUUUGGGGAAAGCUUUGAGGAAUGUGCAGCCAGGGAGACGAAGGAAGAAACUGGACUAGACAUUGAUAAAAUUGAUUAUUUAACUGUCACCAACAAUGUCCUCUCGAGAGAAGUAAAACCAUUACAUGUAGUUGCCAUCUGCAUGCGCGCAGUCCUGGUGGAUCAAAAUCAAAUGCCUCAAAAUCUUGAGCCUGAUAAAUGUGAUGGUUGGGAUUGGUAUGACUGGAAUGAUCUCCCCAAACCCCUUUUCGGGCCAUUGGAAACUAUGAGCAUGAUUGUCGUUAGUGAUGCUAUUAUGCGUAGGCAAGGUGAGUCGCAAGGCUCUGUUUAG